CCUUCCCACUCAGGUUUUUGCCCCCCUGCAAGUUGGGCCAAAGCAAAUUAAUUCCUCGAUUCUCCUGACAGUACCUAGUCUCGGCAUCUCGCAAACCAUAUUAUGGUUAUAAUACCCGUUAAGGUUUGCUAUGGAGAUCGGCGGGGGGGCAAUUUUGCUGUAGUGGCAUGCCCCAUGUCCCAUGGGCCAUGUUCAUCCCCCAGUCGCAGGUUUGGGAAGGUAUGGAGUGACAAAGAGAUAUAUAUAAUAAUGCCUGAGUCCCCAAUCUCACAAAUUUUUAACAAAGUUAUUUACAAAGUGAAUUCCUUGUCCUUUGCUGGAUCAUUGUGCUGAGGCUCUUGCCAUCUAGCAACCUUUAUAUAUGAUUAAUUCCCCUUACUAUACUCCUACCUCGACAUCUCACCAUGUCUUCCUCAUUUCAAAAUCUGGAAGGCCUUAAUUUUUCCGACCAAAUCAUAUUUAACCAGUUCGGUCGCGGACGUGAAGAACCAGCUCCUUUUCAACUAAUACACAAAGCUUUCGAGAGCAUCGUUGAUCAACAGCCAAAUGUUGUUGCUGUCGAACAAGAAGGAAAUAUUCUCACGUACCAGGCGUUGGAAAAUGCUGCUAAUCAACUCGCUCAUCGGCUAAUAUCUUUGGGCUUACAACCCAGACAACGGGUCUGUCUGGUAGUGCAAAGAUCUUUGCCUAUGAUCGUUGCUAUGCUAGCUGUUUUAAAGUGCGGUUGUCAAUACGUUCCAUUGGAUGGGCAAGUUACAGCAGAAUCAGCUCUUCGACACAUCAUAAAAGAUACAGGCGCGCCAUUCAUCCUGUGCCUUGAAAGAUUUCACGAUAAAGUCCAAUCGCUGGCAGACCCAACAACCAGCAAAGUACUUGUUCUCGAUUCUCAACCCAACCAGUUUACAGCCUCCCCCAGACUCCAGAUUGAAUGCAGCAAAUCCGACGGCGCAUAUGCAAUUUACACAUCCGGUACGGGUUGUUCAGAGUUUGCAAAUGAAUUAUGCUGAUGAAUUUUAGGAAGCACUGGUCCUCCUAAGGGAGUCGACGUAUCUCACGGCAACGUCACAAAUCUGCUAACCUCAUAUCCUGGCAACUUGAAUAUUGGAAGAGCUACCCUUGUGGCGCAACUACUUUCAAUUUCAUUUGAUAUGGGUAAGCGUUUAAAGCCACAAUUUUCGUAGGGCUUUCGUUGAUAUUUUUAGGACAAUGGGAGAUUUUCGCAACACUCAUGAAUGGCGGCACUUUGCUGAUUCGAACAAGCGAUUGGAAACAUGUUCUCAAAAAGGUAGGAAUCUUUGUCGUGCUUGUCUUGGCAUUUGCUAAGUGAACAGGCCCACACCGUUAUAUCCACACCAUCAAUCCUCGGAUCAUUUCCUCGAAAUGAAUACCCAAAUAUAAAUGUGGUGGCAGUGGCUGGGGAGCCAUGCCCACAGGCGUAAGUGUAUCCUGGCCGUACACUUUUUCCAUAGAAAGGCUAACAAAAACUAUAGUCUCGCUGAUGAUUGGGCAGAGCAAGCAGAGUUCUAUAAUUGUUGUGGUAAGUGAGAUCCUUGGGGAAUAUUUUCCUGUUGAGUUUGUCUGGCGGGUUGACACUUUUUCCCCGCUCCCGAGAUGCACCAGAAGAUUCUUUUAUUUUUCUAUAUAUAGAGAUGACUAACUAUUAUCAUGCAGGUCCUACGGAGGUUACAAUUGUAAACACCAUGCAUAAACACUCCCAGGGAAGGGAAUUGUCAAUUGGAAAGCCUUUGCCAAACACCAGUGUUUACAUUCUUGAUAAGAAUGAAAAUCCAGCUCCAAUCGGCAGCACAGGCCUAAUGUGGGUGGGAGGUGCUGCGGUGUCUCGGGGAUACUUGAACUUGCCGGAACUCACAUCAACGAGAUACAAGCUGGACAAGUUCAAAAAUGACGGGCAAGAAUAUACCUCGGGUUUUUUUCUGAAACUCUAACUAAUUUGAUACCAGAUCUAUAAUGUUCAACACCGGUGAUCUAUGUCGAUGGCGGCCAGAUGGCUCUAUUGCGCACGAGGGUAGGGCCGACGAUCAAGUGAAGAUUAAGGUAAGCGUUAGAAACUCGGAUAAAGUCCGUAACACUUUGUUAAUAAUAUUAGGGCUUCCGAGUAGAACUCGACAGCGUUGCCGCCUCCAUUGAGGCAACCCCAGGGGUGACCAAAGCAUGUGCAAUCUUUACCGAGAAGGUUCUUUGGGGAUUUUACACAAGUGCAAAAUUUAUCGACGAAGCAACUGUAAAAGCUGUGGUAGCAGAAAGGCAACCAUAUUAUGCUGUCCCUGCAAAUUUCCGGUUCGUGGAUUUACUUCCAAUGACCGUUAAUGGGAAAGUGGACAAACGUGCACUCAUAGCAUCUAUCGGAGUUCAAGCUUCUACCCCUGCUGUUGUUAUCACAGCCCCAGCACCUGUUGUGAUAGCUCCAGAAAACGAGAAACAGAUGCUUGAGGUCGCGGUCCAUUCCCUGGAUUCAACCCGUCAAGGCUCCAUUGACUCAGACUAUUCGGAAAAAUUCCAGCUUCCAGCGAAACACGGAUACCAUGGACUUCGUGCCCUGCGUCAUCGUAUAUUCUCUCUAUACCGAAGAUUCUUUUCAGUUGUUUUCAUAUUCAAUGCCAUUGCGGCCGUCCUGAUGGGUUAUUUUGGAAAGGCAGGACGACAUCUCGAGAAUAUGUCAACGGCAAUUGGAGCCAACCUCUGCAUGGCUGUUUUGAUGAGACAGGAAAUCGUCAUCAAUUUCUUGUUCAAGAUUGCUUGUUCGGUCCCAACUUCAGCACCACUAUGGCUUCGACAGAAUUGUGCCAAAGUCUACCACAUUGGAGGCUUGCACAGUGGCUGUGGAGUGGCUGCAUUGAUUUGGCUCAUCAUUUUUACCGUAACUGCAACAAUCAAACACAACCACACAGCGGUAUUGGUCGUUUCCUACAUUUUGGUUACGCUCCUGGCGGCCAUGGUCUGCUCGGCGCACCCAAAACUCCGGAUUAAAUACCACGACUACUUCGAGCUUACUCAUAGAUUCGCCGGCUGGACCGCGCUGUUUCUCUUUUGGGUUCAAACCAUCCUCGCUGCCGAAGCCUCGCGUGGCUCAGACACACUCGGUCAUGCUCUUUCAAUAAGUCCUGCAUACUGGCUACUCUUGGUAGCAACUCUAUCUGUAAUUUUACCAUGGCUAAACCUUCAAAAGGUUGAAGUUCGAGCUGAUGUACUAUCCCCCCAUGCUGUCCGCCUCUACUUUGAUUACACCAUAGCCGAGGUUGGAACAGCCAUCAGAUUGAGUGAGAGGCCUCUUCUCGAAUGGCACGCUUUUGCCACUGUCGCAAAGCCAGGCUUGACUGAGUUCUCUGUCAUUGUCUCAAAUGCUGGCGACUGGACAAAACGACAAAUCAAUAAUGCACCAACGAAGCUUUGGGUUCGCGGUAUCCCCGCUUGUGGUGUUUUACGGAUCGCGCCCCUUUUUCGAUCAGUUGUUCUCGUCGCUACUGGUUCGGGAAUCGGACCUUGUCUUCCUGUCAUCUACGCGAGAAAAGUCCCAGCUCGAGUCUUUUGGUCAACACCACAUCCAGAAACAAAUUUCGGUACUGAGAUCUGCGAUGCUGUGAAAGCUGCAGAUCCAAAAGCCGUUAUUCAUAAUACGAAGACUAUGGGUAGACCAGAUAUGGUUGCUAUUACCUAUCAGUUGUUGAGAGAAAGUAAUGCGGAGGCGGUAUGCAUUAUCAGUAAUAAAAAGUUAACGCAGAUGGUCGUCUAUGCUAUGGAGGCUAGAGGAAUACCCGCUUAUGGGGCAAUUUUUGAUUCAUAAUUCUUAAUGUUAAAUAUUCAUGAGGGGUUUGGCGAUAUGGGGGUUUUGGUUGGGUUUUUGAUUUUAGCUUUGGGUACUGAUUUUGAGCGGAUUUUGUUUUCUCCUGGUCUGCCGUUUUUCCUACAGCACCGGCUAGACUGCUGGGCCCUGAGGGCAGUGUUUUGUUUCUUGUGUUUCUCUCCUUAUAUACCUGAGCUUGAUCUCAUCGCGUUGUAGUACUUUAAUUUUGUCAAUCAUUUGCC